CUGGCAUCGCGAGAGUCGCCAGGAGUCACCCGCGGUGACCCACGGUCACUCCACGGCCCACCGACGACGUCCGACCGCCGCGUACGCGCUGGUCCCGCAGCUCCGUGCGAGUCAGUCGUUGACAGACGAGGUGCUCGAUCGCACCUAGCGAGUUCCCCGGUCCGGGUCCUCUCGAUCCUGGCGCAGUCCGCCGAUCCCGAUCGUUUCCUCGUCGCGCCAACGAUCGGCGAUCGACCCUUGGAGCUCGUCAGCUCUGCGAGCAUCGGACGCUCCGGAUGGAGCGCCUCGGAGUGUCGAGCAGUGCAUCGGCCAAGUUCCGACAGAAAUAAGGAUAUCCGGGCCAAGUGUGAUCUGUUUUUUUUUAUCAUUAUAUUAUUAGAGAUUCAGACCAAUUGGAUUUUUAAAGAUUCGAACGAUUAUCGCGGAGUUCGGAGCGUGGACGUUGUGGUUUCCGCCGAGUGAGGAGAGACUGUCGCGCGAAAACAGAGAGAACUCCUUGAAAGGCGAGAAGAACCUACCCGGAGCUGGACCUGGAAACCCUACGGAAUUGUCCGGCGACGGAAACUCGAGUUGCUUUUGGAAAAGAAAAGCGCGACGGGGUGCCGGAAGAGCGUUUUACUCGACAUGUGACGUGACGCGGACGCGCGGCGCAUCGUCGGAGUGGAAAAGCGCAAUGCGCGGCAACUUUUCCGCCUCCCUCGUCGAAGUUGUCGAAGUCGUCGAGUCCCGGCAGAGUCGUGUAGAAUCACGCGGCGAUCGGGACGGCCGCUGAGAUUUUCAUGGUACCAGCGGGCGAAACGGCGGAGCAAGUCGCAGGCACGAGGUCACCAAGCCGCUAAGGACACUCGAGGACGAAGAGCGCCGUCUUCGGCCGCACGCGCGCGUGUGUGUGUGUAAGAGAGUGCGCGCGCGCGCGUACGCGAUGUCCAUUCUUGACAGCGGAGCCGCAGCGCGCGCGAUCGCCGUGCCGGGGAGCGUCGCUGAUCCAGAUCACCGUUCACCAGGAUCCGCAUCGAUCAAGAUCACCGUUACUCAAGAAUCUCUCGACCGUCGGUCGCUCGCUAUGGGACCGUCGAGUCUCUAGAUUUUCAGAGCCGUCUCGACUCGUACGUUCACGGCCACCGUGCUCGGACACUCUCGUCUCGCGGUGACCCUUGGAAUCGUUCGCUCGUGGUGCCCGAACGACGUCCGAAUAGCUGGAGAACUUUCGUGCGGUCGCCUCGCGGAGAUAAGGACGCGCCGCGUAUCGCGGCGUUGAAGACAUCGCGAGAAGAGAAAGGAGCCUCCCUUCUUGCGCAGAUAAAUGAGCGGAGGAAAGUGAGGAGAGGAAAGGAAGAAAGAAUUUGCGAGGGACGGGGAAGAGAAGUCGGAGAACUCUGUUCAGUGAUUACGGCACGAGCCCGAGUAUCUCGCGGAGCGCGGGAGGAGAGGGAAAAGGGAGGAGAGCAAAGGGGCUCGAAAAAGGGAGGCAGAAAGGAAAAGGACGUGGCGAUUAAAAGAUACCGGCCUCUCCUCGGCAUCGUCAUGUCGAUCCAACCCCUCUCCGUUUUGCUGAUCCUCGCAGCGAUCCUCGGCGACUUGACCGUCGGUAGCGCGGAGAAGAUCAGCGGUUUGUACGUGGACAACGGUUUCGAUCAGACGAUAAUUCACCACGUGGUAAACCAGCGUGAGAAACGCGAGGUGGAGCACGAGAUCCUGAAUCUGCUAGGACUCCCGGAUCGUCCGCGGAACAUGGUCGGCCGGCCGUCCCAAGUGAAGAGGUCGGGGUCCAAGUUCCUGAUAAACGUCUACAAGAGCGACCUUGGCGAGGACGAAGAGGGGAAUCCCAUGGCGCAUCGUCGCAAGGCCGGGGAGUUCGAUCUCAGCAGCGAGGAUCUGAACACGAUCCGUCAGAGCGAUGUUAUCAGGACUUUCAUGCAACGCCAUCACGUCCCUUCGGUGAGGCACGAACGUGGGAAGAGGCUCUGGUUCGACGUGUCCGAGGUAUCACCUGAGAACGAGUUGAUGAGCGCCGAGCUCUGGCUGCACCACAAGGAAACACACGCGAGGAAGAGACAUGGCUCCUACACGAUUACGGUAUACCGGGUGUUGAGGGCCGAGAACGGUACUCGAGAAUUACAGUACACUGAUGCCGUAAAUGUGACGGACAGCAAGAAGGGGUGGCUGAUAUUCAACAUGACCGGGACUCUUGAGCACUGGCUGAAAAAUCCAUACGAAAAUGAAGGACUGUAUCUCUCUGUGUAUGCCAUUAAUCGUCCAGCCCACGAAAUGAAACCGGAAGAAGUCGGGUUGACGGUAGGACGCGGUGAUCAGGAGAGGCUACCCUUCAUAGCGGGCUACUUCAAGAACUCGGGCGUAAGGCAGCGCAAGGUCCGACAGAAGCGCGAGGUCAAGAAGAAGAAGAAGAACGAGUCCACCAGUUGGGACUACCAAAAUAAUCCUUACAUUGAUCCUGGAAUGCACUUUGUACGCACCUGUAAGAUUCAAACGUUAUAUGUCAGCUUCCGCGAUUUGCAGUGGCAGGAUUGGAUUAUUGCGCCGGAUGGCUAUGACGCAUAUUACUGCAGCGGAGAAUGCAAUUUUCCCCUGAAUGCUCAUAUGAAUGCAACCAACCACGCAAUAGUUCAGACGUUAGUGCAUUUGGUGAGCCCGGGCAAAGUACCCAAGCCAUGCUGCGCGCCCACCAAACUUUCGGCCAUCUCGGUUUUGUAUUUCCUCGAUGAAAGCAACGUCAUUUUGAAGAAAUAUAAAAAUAUGGUCGUCAAGAGUUGCGGCUGUCAUUAGAAUGUGUUUUUCGCUCAUAGGACUAUUUUCCAGCGGGAACGGAAGAACAGCAUUCUUUGAUGCAAAAGCUAGCUGAACCGGACGGAUCAUUUAGCUAUUGAG